CGACGUACCGAUGUCGAAUGUUCGUAGCGAAUUGGUGAAUCGUCGUACGUGAUGACGGCUCGUCACUGAACCUCGGACGGCGAUGGGCACGCAAAAGCCGGAAGAAUGGGCGAAUUUGCUGAUCACACGUUUCGAGGAACAGUUGCCGUGUCACAGUGUCCCUCAAACCACCCAUUCUCGUAUGAACGAGGAAAGGAACAAAAAAUGCUUGAUACAAAUUUCUCGUUACCGUUUCUCCCUUGUAAUAUCCAGUCUCACUAAGAUACUUCAAAGUGUCAAUGAAAUGGUACCAUGUAUCGGGGGUCAACGUACAUUUCACAGCAUGGAACAUUGCUAUGAAUCUAUUAUUAUUGUUUUGGAUACUUUGGAAAAGUGUCUUGCGAAUCAACCAAAAGACACUGCUAAAUUUGACGAGGCUAUGAACGUAAAGUUUCUGCUUAGAGAAAUAUGCCAAUUUAUAGAUGUACCGAACGAUAGUCUGCAAAACAUUCAUUUAAAAAAUUUGGCAAGUAAAGUAUUGUUUGCCUUGAGCUUAAAUUUUUUCAAUGCUGUAUUUAACAGAAUAUCAGCUAGACUUCAGGAAUUAGCAAAAUGUGGCGACGAGAAUGCUGAUUAUAGCGACAUUGAAUUAAUUCAGCACAUUAAUGUGGAUGUUGAUAGGCUAACGAGACUUUUAAACGAAACGAUACAAAAAUUUAAACAGCUCAAAAAAUCAGCACCUAUAGUUCUUAUGAAUUCCUUGGAAAAAGCAAUUUGGAAUUGGAUGGAUACUUAUCCACAUGAAUUUGCCGAUCUUCAAAAGAAACCUAACGAGGAUCUUGGAAAAGCAUGCGAAGAGUUAUUUGACAUUCUUGAUACAUUUGUAGACAAUAAAAAGGGGAGAACUGCAGCUGUUUGGCCUUUGCAAAUUAUGCUCCUUAUACUUUCUCCAAAAGUUUUGGAGGAAAUUGUCAAUGCUGAUUCGGGUGCUCCAUGUUCGCCAAGGCAUUCAAAGAAAAAACAAUUUAUCGACAGUGUAAAACGAGGCCUAGGAAUGCAUGGCAGUUCUAGCAGACAACUAGUAGAAGCUGCUGCAGUCACUUGCAUUAAACUUUGUAAAGCAUCGACCUAUAUAAAUAAUCAGGAUUCGAACAACGUUAUUUUCACGCUUGUUCAACAUGUAAUGAAUGAUUUGAUGGCAUUAUUUUUUAAUCCAGGAAAGCUAUUUUCUCGUGGUCAAAGCUAUCUUGCCCAAGACAUCGACCUAAUGAUAGACUGUUUUGUUAGCUGUUUUCGCAUUAAACCUCACAAUAACGAAGUACUUAAAGUUUGCUUGAACCUAAAUUCUCCAUUGACAUACCAAUUCGUCUUGGUUAGCUCAUUAUACAAAAUUGUAACUCAACCAAGACUGUCAUGGUGGCCUCAAAUAGAUCUUCUGUAUUCACGUAGUACAGAACUUAGGAAUAUGUUUACUGAUAUUUUAAAUAAAGUCACACAGAGUUACAUAUCACACACGCCAUUACGAAUGAUUCAAAGUUUAACGCUCAAAGGUAAAGAACAGAAUAAGUACAGAGAUCGCGGAGAAGAAACAUCGAGUUAUAGAAAUUUACUCUUGUGGAUGGUGAAACUUAUUCAUGCUGACCCUAUGUUAUUACUGAAUAAUCAAGGGAAAGCUAGUCAUGAAAUACAAAGCUCGACAUUGCAAUUAAUUAAUGGUUUAGUUUCUCUAAUUCAUCAACCAACAAUGCUAGAUAUAGCAUACGAAGCAAUGGAAGCAUUGUUAGUAUUACAUCAUCCAGAUAAAAUAAAAGCGUGGAAUCCAGAAGCGCCAAUUAAUACAUUUUGGGAUGUUAGUUCGCAAGUUCUAUCCUCGAUUUCUCAAAAAUUGAUUCAACAUCAAAUUGUUAAUUAUACCUCUAUAUUAAAAUGGAUUAGAGAAAUACUGAUUUGUAGAAAUGCUUUUUUGGCACAACAUAAGGAUUACGCGAAUGUGGGUAGCCAGAUUGCUAUUUGUAAGCAGGCACAUAUUAAACUAGAGGUUGUAUUUUUCAUGUACUUGUGGAGUAUAAAUAUGGAAGCAGUUUUAGUAUCAAUGUCUUGUUUUGCAUUGCUAUGCGAAGAAGCAGAAAUACGUUGUGGUAGUGAUGAAGUAGCAGUAACUUGUUUACUUCCUAACUAUCAUUUAUAUCUUGAAUUGGCGCAAGCUUCUACUGUGUUAAUCACUGCCAGCGGGGAAAGUAAGAUAUAUUAUCACGAUCAUAAUUAUGGACGCGCUGCUUUACAAAAAAGAAUUAUGGCCUUAUUGAGGAAGAUAGAACAUUGUGUAAACGGUGUACAGCCUGCAUGGGAGGAAACGUUUAGAAAUUGGGAAGUGACUUCUCGGCAGUUAGUGAAUUAUCCUAAAUCUAAGACAGAAGAUGGUCAGAUGGAAUUUCAUAGAAGCACAGGAAAACGUAGAGCGUCGCAUCAAAAUUCGGAACAUGAAUUAGAGGAACAAAUUAACGAAUGGGCGAACAUGACAGGAUUUCUCUGUGCUCUAGGCGGUGUGUGUUUACAAAAACGUUAUCCAACUAGACCAUUAUCGGGCAUGCCUACAUAUCCAGAACCAAAGAAAAGUUCUACAAAACAGCAAGAUACUGCAUCUGGUUUAUCAAAUUCAAGCCAAGAAGUACAAUAUUGUACGCAAUUUGUUUUCAAUUUAUUACUACGGCUAUUAAUCUGUAACAAUGAAAAAUUUGGAAAUCAAAUUCAGAAACACGUUAAAGAGCUAGUGGGUCACGAAAUGAGUCCUGCAUUGUAUCCGAUACUUUUCGAUCAGAUCAAAAGCAUAGUCGAGAAAUUCUUUAAUCAAGAAGGCCAAGUCAUAGUUAUGGACGUUAAUACCCAAUUUAUCGAGCAUAUAAUAUUUAUAAUGAAAAAUAUAUUGGAUUCGAAGUCGGAUCAACCUUCCGAAUACCUUGGAAUGACCAGUAUAGAAGGGAUGAUGUUGGCAAUUGUCAGAUAUGUUAGACAUUUGGACAUGACUGUACAUUCUAUGCACAUUAAGACAAAAUUAUGUCAACUUGUCGAAGCGAUGAUGAAACGGCGAGACGAUUUAGCAUUUCGACAAGAAAUGAAAUUUCGAAAUAAACUCGUGGAAUAUUUAACCGACUGGGUGAUGGGUGCUACUCACCAGAUUACACCGUCAACCAGUGGAGAUUUAACCGUUUACACGCGGGAUUUAGAUCAAGCUUGUAUGGAAGCAAUCGGAGCAUUAUUACGCGGUCUUCCUCUUCAACCCGAAGAGUCUGAUCGUGGUGAUUUAAUGGAUGCAAAGUCUCAAUUGUUCUUGAAAUAUUUCUCUCUUUUCAUGAAAUUAUUAAACGAAUGUAACGAGGCAGCCGCCGAAGAAAAGGAAAUUGUAUCUCAACAGCCACGUUUAACUAGUGGUAAAUUGUCUACGUUGCGCAAUGCUACCAUACAAGCAAUGAGCAAUCUCCUCAGUGCAAACAUCGAUAGCGGUUUGAUGCAUUCGCUAAGUUUAGGGUAUAAUCCAGAUUUACAAACACGGGCAGCAUUCAUGGAAGUUCUUACGAAAAUUCUUCAGCAAGGGACAGAAUUUGAUACAUUAGCGGAAACGGUAUUAGCCGAUAGAUUCGAGCAAUUGGUUCAGCUCGUUACAAUGAUCAGCGAUAAAGGAGAAUUGCCUAUUGCGAUGGCUUUGGCUAAUGUUGUAACGACAAAUCAAAUGGACGAAUUGGCGCGUGUUUUUGUAACGCUGUUCGACGCUAAACAUUUACUAUCGCCUCUUUUGUGGAAUAUGUUUUAUCGCGAGGUUGAGGUUUCCGAUUGUAUGCAAACGCUGUUCCGAGGGAACAGCCUUGGCAGCAAAAUUAUGGCGUUCUGUUUUAAAAUUUAUGGUGCGAGUUACUUGCAAAAUCUACUGGAACCUUUAAUUACACCAUUAUUGGACGAUCCUACGACUAGUUUCGAGGUUGAUAGCGCAAGAAUCGAUACCAAUGAAGAUAUAGAACAAAACGGCCGCAAUUUAAUAGCAUUGACUCAAAAAGUAUUUGAUGCUAUAGUGUCUUCGGCUGAUCGAUUUCCGCCGCAAUUGCGAUCGAUGUGCCAUUGUUUGUAUCAAGUACUCAGCAAAAGAUUCCCACAAUGUCCGCAAAAUAAUAUUGGAGCUGUCGGGACUGUAAUAUUUUUGCGAUUCAUAAAUCCAGCUAUCGUUUCGCCUCAAGAAAUGGGCAUUGUGAAUAAACCCGUACCUCCUCAGGUUAAGAGAGGUCUUAUGCUAAUGUCUAAAAUACUUCAAAAUAUUGCAAAUCACGUGGAAUUUAGCAAGGAACAACACAUGUUACCGUUCAAUGAUUUUUUGCGAGCACACUUCGAAAUCGGGAGAAGAUUUUUCAUACAGAUAGCAUCGGAUUGCGAAACGGUAGAUCAGGCCAGUCAUCCGAUGUCAUUCGUAUCGGACGCUAAUGUUUUGGCAUUGCACAGAUUGCUUUGGAAUCAUCAAGAACGAAUUGGUGAUUAUCUUAGCAGCAGUCGAGAUCAUAAGGCGGUAGGAAGGAGACCUUUCGAUAAAAUGGCCACGUUGUUGGCGUACCUUGGUCCACCGGAACACAAACCAGUAGAUUCACAUUUACUAUUUUCAUCGUCUUACGCUCCGUGGUCGAGCAUCGAUAUGUCUUCGACUAAUUUUGAAGAAAUUAUGGUGAAACACAAUAUGCACGAAAAAGAAGAAUUUAAGAGCAUUAAGAAUUUAAAUAUUUUCUACCAAGCAGGCACUAGCAAACAGGGGUAUCCAGUGUUUUAUUAUAUCGCUAGACGUUACAAGAUCGACGACACCAAUGGUGAUUUGUUGAUAUAUCACGUUAUUCUUACGCUAAAACCAUUUUGUCAUUCUCCGUUUGAAUUGGUUGUUGAUUUUACCCACACGUGUUCAGAGAAUCGGUUUCGAACGGAAUAUUUACAGAAAUGGUUUUACGUGUUACCCGAAGUUGCUUACGAGAAGAUUCACGCUGCGUAUAUUUACAAUUGCAAUAGUUGGGUGAGAGAAUGUACAAAGUUUCACGACAGAAUCUUGGCGCCAUUGAAAAAUAACAAAAAGGUGGUGUUUCUCGACGGGCCGGGCCGUUUGAACGACGUGAUCGACGUUGACCAACAAAAAUUGCCCGGCGCGACACUUUCUCUCGAUGAAGAUUUAAAAGUAUUCAACAGUGCUUUGAAACUGUCUCACAAGGAAACGAAAGUAUCCGUAAAAGUUGGACCAACUGCCAUACAAAUUACUUCGGCGGAGAGAUGCAAAGUAUUGUCGCAUUCCGUUUUUUUAAACGAUGUUUAUUAUGCGUCGGAAAUAGAAAAAGUUUGUUUACUAGACGACAAUCAAUUCACAUUGACCAUUUCAAACGAAACUGGCCCGCUGUCUUUUAUUCAUAACGACCGUGAUAAUAUCGUUCAGGCUAUAAUUCAUAUAAGAAAUCGAUGGGUACUGUCGCAGCCGGAGUCUGUGUCUGUCCACCCGAAGAUUAGACCUAAACAUGUACCUGGCACGUUAUUGAACAUGGCACUAUUGAAUCUCGGUAGUUCGGAUCCAAAUCUAAGAACAGCAGCGUACAAUCAAUUGUGCGCGUUAACCGCGACGUUUGAUUUAAAAAUCGAGGGACAACUGUUGGAAACAUCUGGACUUUGUAUACCAUCGAACAAUACAAUAUUCAUAAAACACCUGAGCGAAACUUUAGCCGCGAAGGAUCCCCAUCUUACGCUAGAGUUUCUAGAGGAAUGUAUACAAGGGUUUGGCUUAUCGAGCAUCGAAUUAAAACAUCUCUGUUUAGAGUAUAUGACACCGUGGUUGAACAAUCUUGUACGAUUCUAUAAACCAAACGAUGGAGGAGGGAAUCGGCAGAAGCAAGUUACAAAGAUUUUAGAGAAAUUGGUCACGUUGACCAUCGACGAGGUGGAAAUGUAUCCGAGUAUACAAGCCAAGAUAUGGAGUACGAUUGGCAGAUUGCCAGAUUUGAUAGACACGGUUUUGGAUAAUUUCAUUCAACGUAGCGUCAGUUUCGGGCUCGGUUCUCCAACGGUUGAAAUAAUGGCCGAUACGGCCGUGGCCUUAGCUUCCGGAAACGUUCAGUUAGUGGCGAAGAAAGUAAUAGGAAGACUUUGUCGAGUUGUAGAUAAAACAUGCACGUCUCCUACACCGCUGCUAGAACAACAUACAAGAUGGGAUGAUAUAGCCAUUUUGGCAAGAUAUUUACUCAUGUUGUCUUUUAACAACUGUCUAGAUGUAGGGAAACAUCUACCCUAUUUGUUUCACACGGUAACGUUUCUCGUUUGCUCUGGAAGUCUAAGUAUGCGUGCAUCCACUCAUGGUUUGGUUAUAAACAGCAUUCACUCGCUUUGCACUUGUAGCUCGCCUUCCUUUUCAGAAGAUACAUACAGGAUAUUGCGAAUGAGUUUGGUUGAUUUUUCUCUUCCGAAAUUUUAUUUACUUUUUGGUAUUAGUAAAGUGAAAUCUGCUGCGGGUACGGCAUUUAGAUCUAGUUAUAGACAUUCGAACGAUAAGUGGUUCGGUAACGAGCGUAGCGUUACCGGCACGCAUGACAAAGAAAGACUCUCGUUAACCAGUUUAGAAAUUAUUACGGACGCUCUCCUUGAAAUUAUGGAGGCUUGUAUGCGAGACAUUCCACAGUGUGAUUGGUUGAAAACCUGGACCUCUUUAGCGAGAAAUUUCGCAUUCUGCUUCAAUCCAGCUCUUCAGCCGAGAGCUUUGAUCGUUUUCGGAUGUAUCAGUAAAAGUAUAACCGAUCAAGAUAUGAAGCAGUUACUGAGAAUAUUAGUGAAAGCGCUUGAGAGUUUUAAUGAUAUUACAUUGCUCGAAGCAAUUAUUAUGUGCCUCACUCGAUUACAACCGUUGCUCAGACCCUUGUUUCAAUUUUUCCCCAAGGAAUCUCCCAUACAUCGAUAUUUAUUUUGGGUCGCAACAUCUGUCCUCCAAUUGGACGAAGCAUCUUUGUAUGCAUGCGGUUUAGCUCUUCUCGAGCAGAAUUUGCAUACUUUGGAUUCUCAAGGGACUUUCGACGAUAAGACUUUGGAACACGUUAUGAUGUCGACACGCGAGCCUCUAGAAUGGCAUUUCAAACAUUUGGAUCAAGCCGUAGGACUCUCGUUUAAGUCCAAUUUCCAUUUUGCGUUAGUUGGACAUCUUUUGAAAGGAUAUAGGCAUCCCACACCAACCACUGUUACAAGAACAGCUAGAGUGCUAACUAUGUUAUUAGGUAUUGUAGCUAAACCAUUCAGGAGAGACAAAUUUGAAGUAACACCGGAAAGUGUAGCUUAUUUGGCUGCAUUGGUAUCUGUGUCGGAAGAAGUACGAAGUAGAUGUCAUAUUAGACACUCGAUCGCCAAAAAUGCAGAAUCUGGUAGCACAGAUUGUCUCGAUAAUUUGCUUCCACAUCAUACAGAUACAUCUAACGCAACGUCUAGCAAUCCGACUAAUCGUCGUCAAAAAUCGUGGGAUCUGCUUGAUCAAUCUGCCCUCACUCAAGCUAGGCAACAGAAACAGUAUUCAACGCAUCAGACUGGACGGAUUUUAUUUAAAACACAGCGAUCCUUUUCUGUACCAACUGCAAAGGAAACAAAAUCAACCGAAGAAGCAGAACCAAAGAAUCGAAGUGCCAGAGUAAGCGUGAGCAACGAAAACAAUGUAUUGCUCGAUCCAGAAGUGCUGACAGACUUUUCAACCCAAACUUUAGUUUUAACCGUUUUGGUUACUUUGGUGAAAAACUCGUCCGACGAAAAUGAGCAACGGAUCCUUUAUGAAUAUCUUGCAGAAGCCUCUGUAGUGUUUCCAAAGGUAUUUCCAGUGAUUCACAAUUUGCUGGAUGCAAAAAUUAAUAGUGUACUUUGCUCGUGUCAUGAUCAAGGUAUACUGAACUCUGUACAAGCAAUUAUACAGAAUAUGAUCGCAUCUGAGGAUACAAGUCAACAACAGUUACAUUAUUUACAAAGUUGCGGGUUUGGUGGUUUAUGGAGAUUUGCAGGCCCAUACACGAACUCGAAUUGCACAGCUAAAAGUGCACAGUUGUUAGUUAGUUGCUUGGAUGCAAUGGUAGAGACGUGUCUACCAGUUGAUGAAUCCGAAGGAUCGAGCAGUAAUGAAACCUCAACAGAAAAAAGUAAACGAACGGAUGGUAAUCAAUCCGAAGAAGCAUCGAAAAGCAAAACUUCUGUUUAUUGGACCGAUCGGACUGAUAGAAGUAUUACGUCUUUUGUUCAUAGAGACCGCAGUAUCGAUAGCAGAGGAGACGUCGUUUCAUUGGAUCCUAUAAGCCAAGGAGAAAAUACUAGUAGCAGUAGCAGUUCGCAACCUUAGCGAUUGGCAUGUGAAUCGAAGAAACAGUGCAGUAAAUAUGGAAGAAAAGGACAAGUUGGUUGGAAAUUGCAACAAAAAUUAAGGGACCGACCUUUUGUAACUCGGGCUGUGGCUGAUCCUUACGCUCACGGCUUCUUGACGGCUUGCAGAAGACGGGAAUGAAAGUGAGCAGCGAGAAAGAAUGAAAUACCAAGCAAGAUAUUUGUACCAGGGAUUACAUGGAUUCGAUUCGCCAAAGGACAAACGGUUUAGCUUACAUUAUACCUUCUCGUUCUCGCGCGGCGAAGGUACUUGAUGCACGCUCGUGUGGCUGCGCGACGUAGGUGCGCAGAAUCAUUAUGCUACUACUGACCGCAUGAUAGAAACCUUCAGUAAGACUUAACCUGUGGUGUAAUCAACGACAGAAUUGACUUCGGAGACUUCUUCCCGCCAUUUGCACUGUUCCGGAGAACUCUUCCCCUUCUUACUGCCAUGGCCGAUGACGUGGAUACUGAACGAGCAUAUCGCAUGUAUCUUUAUUUUUAUGAGUUUAGUUUGGCGAAAUGGACCUUAGAUAUUGAAUUUAUCGAUAUUCGUAAGUGAUAGUAAUAACAACGGUAAUGGUAACAAGAAAUAUUAUUAACGAAAAUUCGGAUAAAAUUAACGACCGUUAUUUGACAACCACGAUAAUCGUAAAAUGUUUGGAAUACUACGCUAUGAAUAUCCGAGGCGGUAGGAGUAAGGUAGAAAAUGGUGGCUCGUGUUUUUUAAACUUCUCCUAGCAGCCAACGAUUCUUUCUUGACUCCACCAUAGACCUAACAACCUAGGUGCGGCGAGUCGUAUGAAUCACUAUGAAAUCACAAUGCUCUAUCAAUAGCUCCAUGGAAUUUAAAGUUCGAAAUAAGCUAUUGAUCCAAGAAUGAAACUGCUCUUUAUGAAAUAUACAUAUGAUUACUAUUUGAGAAUGUAUUCUUUUGCAUAUACAUAGAAUUUAUAUGUAUGUAUACGGAGCCUAUAUUCGUUAGUAAAAUCAGCUUUAAGCUUUUCACCGAGAAACCUCGUUCUUUAUUCUGCAAUUAUUAAUAUAUUCAAUAUUAUUCUCAAUAACUUAGUUUAAACUUUAAAUAUCGCGGAGCAUUGUUCUCAUUUCAUAGACACUCGUCGUGUCUAGGUUACACAUAUAAGAAUUUAUUUUCGAAAUGCAAUGCCUACAUACUCUAUAAGUAAUAAUUGUUCGUUGGAUCGACAAUUGAUUAUAAGUUUUAACUAUCGAGGAAGUUGUUGGUAAAACAUUGUGCUUUUUUCGUUUUCAUACACGCUCGUUACUAGGUUACAUGUAUCGGAGUUUGUUCUCAAAGCAUAUGUUUAAAUAAAUAAUAUUUGAAUCCUUGGAUUCGUAACUUAUUUUAAUCUUUAAAUAUUACGAAGCUAUCGAAAGAGCAUUGUUAUUUCAUGGCGAUUCCUGCGAUUCGUUGGAUUCGUAGGUUAGCCGCGUGUAGAUUAGGUAUUUAGGUACACAGUAAGUCCUCCACUUACACAGUUGGUUCAUUCUGGAGCUUUCCGUGUAUCGAAUUGUAUAAAUCGAAUGCGUUGCAAGGAAAAAGAACGAUCGCAACCAGAUUAAAAAUAUGAUUGGCAAUUUCUAUCAGGACGGAUCUUUCUUCUUGCAACACAUUUACUAUACAAUUUUCGUUAUAAAAGUUAAUUAAAGUAAAACAAAUCCAAUUUUACCACUUUAUGGAAAGAAAAUUGGAGAAAAGAGAACUUUAUUUAAUAUGUAAAUACAUACGCACAUAAAAAUAUGAAUAAGAAAUAAGUGGGAGUAUAACUGCCUAUUUACAAAUCCACAUAAUUCGAGGACUCACUGUACUUGGUGGAAUAAAUAUAGCGAUCCCGCAACAACAAAAAAAACUGUUAACAAUUCUGAGCGGACCUGGCGGGAUGUUUUUAUGGGCGUUAGAAUUUUGACAGUAUAGGCAGCAAACGGUACAAUAAUACCUCGUAAAUAUAGCGGAUUCGGUUCCAAACUCUCGCUGUAAAUCGAGUCGCAGCCUUUAAUUAAAUGCCAGUGUAUUCGAAAGCUUGAAAACGUACUUGCAUUAUUAUUUAUUAAAUACCUAACAGCAGCAGGCCUAAAAGAAAACAGGCCUAAACGAUUGCAAAUAGAAUGCCUAAAGAUAGGCCUAAACGAAUGCAAAAGUAUGAAUAAUAUGGAUUGGAGAGAGAAAUAAUAUUAUACAUAUUGUAAACCUUAACACUUUGAUGGCUGUAUAUUUUUUUAAUUAAAAUCUAUUUAUUUUAAUAUAUUUAAUAAAUACGAAUAGAAUUGAAUAGCGCCUUAAAGCGAAGUAUUAUUGUACGUUUAUAAAUUUGUAGCUAACACGCGUCUAUAAACCUGCGUAGCCGUUUGUACUCAACCGACAUAAAGUAGAUUGCUAUAUUUGUUCGCCAACUAAACAAUGUACAGGUUGUCCCACGCAAUUAGGAAAAGCUAUAAUCUGUAAACGUGGUUGGUUAGAGAUCCAAAAAAUUGUCUACUUGUCUGAAAGAUCUAGCCUUUCCCACUUGCGUGAAAUACCCUACGUACGAAUCGCUUUGUCACGCAGUCAGCGUUAUAGGAACUCUGCGCAUCGCGUUAUACAUAUGUAUGUAUCGCUGCAGUAACAUGAUAUAGCAGGCUUGUUCACGAGAGGGGUCCCUCACGCCGUUUAGUCUCCCACCAUUACUUAUAAGAGACAGAAAUUGUAAAUUAACUCUUGCAGAUCAUUUUCAUCUUUUUGUAAAUUAAGAAAUUCACCUUCCGAGUGGCAGAAACAACAGGCGACCAAUUGAUACUUGUAGCGUUAAAUAAGUAUUUUAUAUUAUUCCUCGUUUAAGUAUCGUUGCAUAGAUGCAAUAAAAUUGUUCAUUCUGGAACAAUAACUUUACAUUGGAUUUUAUCUUGGUUAAGAAAAUUUGCAAAAAGGUGAAUAUGAUCUGUGAACCAGUGGAUGAUCGCGUAUCGACGGUUUUCUUUUACGAUGUAAUCGAGGGCGGCGGGAAGCUCUGUAAGCUCCGGAGUUCAGGUUGUACCAGGCCAGGCCUGUCGUAUAUGUAGAAUUGUAGCCGCGCGACGACUCGCGAAGCUUGCCGAGAAGGAGAAGGAAGGAGAAGAAUCAUUAUUCUCUUUGGGCGACAGAAAUUAAUACUUUCGCUACGGUACGCAAUAUGGCCGUACGGUUCGUUCGUGAAACGUCUACGCAGUUUGGUCGUACGAGCCGCCAGCGGCAUGUGCCCAAGCAAUAAUAUUUUAUUACUUCGUUGUCUCAGAUGUACGAUUAUUGUUUUCAAAAUUAUUUCUUAACGCGUUGACUGCCACGUAGCGGGCAACUUUCUUCUUUAUCUGUAAACGUCAUCGACGCUCUUUCAAACGUGUAACAAAUAGAAAUGUUCGAUAAUUCAACGGAGUACUCGUGUGUUAUUUUGUUGUAUUAGGAUUCGUUUAUUGUAAGGGUUUUUCCACCAGUAAUCACCCACCGUGACAGUCAACGUAUUAAAUGAAAGAGAGCAUUUCUAACAACGUAAUUUAAACAAAUGUUCAGUACAACGAUUCUUGUACCGUGUGCAGAAUACUUUGCGAAAGACCACCGAGAAGUCGUACGACGUGACCACAGAUUAUUUCCUGGUGAAUGAUUUAGGAUCCCCUAUUCGGAUUAUCCGGUCCGUUUCAAGUUCCGCUUUUGCCUUUUCUUCGUUUGAUUCACGCUUCGACCGGGAAUGUCGCAUACAAUUGUAAAUACGUACAGUUUAAAUGAUCGAGAACGGACCGGUAAUGCGAAUAGAUCCCAAGUUAUCGGUAGUAGCGAAAGGUUCUAAUACCGCCCGGUGUACAUACAUAGUCAGACUGACUAAAAAUCGUUGAAACGACGUCGUAUUUGGUCUCCCUUUUAUUGGAAAACAUCUUGCCAAUACGUUAAAAGUACUUUCGUAAAGAUAAAAUAAAGAAAUAAAAGUUUCAUUUUUCAUUAGUGGAUGACUCAGCACGUGCCUUAUCGUUUUCGGGCGCUGGCCGCCGGGCAUAUGUAGUCGGAAGAUUGGUGAGGCUAGCAAUUUACAAGGUCAAAGAUCUGACGGGCAAGCAUCUUUCGAGGCAGUAAUGUAUUUCUAUUUCUGUAAAAUCUCGAUAGCAAAAUAAUUAAUUACGUUGCCCUGCUGCUCGUACGUGUUUGAACGCUUGGCCGAAAUUUUUUAAACAUUAUUUCAAUUUGAAAGUUUAAAACGAUACCCAGGAGAUUACCGGAAUACUUAUUUUCUUGGAUUUCUAACAAUCCAAAGAUUAAUCACGUUUCGGUCGAGUGUUCUAAUAUUUACAAGAGGCAGUGUACAAUCGUAUUACUUUUUAUUAAUUGGCCAUAAACUUCCUUAGUGGGACGUGUAAUUAUUAUGCGAACAGUUUCUUUGAAAAUGCAAAACAACGAGGAAGAUGUAGCCACUUUUAUGGAAGCGCGCACUCCGAGUCGAAUGGUAUUUGAUUAGUAGGUACCUCGACAAUCUGACCACUCGACACCAGUAAACACCCUUUCGUCCUGUAAUAUAAUCGGAAAUUAUUUUAAUAUUUUAAAUAAUAUAGAAAGUGUGAACGAGUCACCAACGGGGGGUGGCUUUGAAAUAGUUGAGAUAGCGGUGUUAAUGGCUUUCUGCGUUUUGAAUAAUAGAUACGAUAGCGUUUUGCAAUUAAUAGAGGUCAUCGAUUUCUAAAUUUGGUCUGAACGCUGCGAAUGUUUGCCGAGACUGAGACACGUGCAGCGACUUCCGAACGACGAUUACGCGCAAUGGCUGCAAAUAAUGCAAAAGAGGCUCGAAUUGCGUUUAGAUAGCAAACUUUAGAAAGCAGCAGAGGCUGAUGUGUCACGAGAGGAACCCUAUUAUAGUUUAGGAAUGUAUUGAAAUAGAUAAUGUAAAGAUUUAUGCGAGAAACAAUGUUCUUUUCUUUUUAAAACAAUGUACACCAUUUCAGAAAAAUUGUUCAACGGAUUUACAUACUUUUACUUUGGCACAAGCGUAUAAAAUAUCAUUAUCUAUGGCGCAUCGCACGUGUUUUGCAAAAUAUCCGCUAGUUUUUCUCAAAACAAUGUUUUUUUCCGAUGAAAAUGAACAAUUGUCAAAUGUUAAAAACAGAAAAAAAGCGUACAAUACGCCAUAGCGAUAUUAAUGUACUUUACGAAAUUAUUCGACUAUUCUGAUUUGAAUAAGCCGUUCUCUCGGUAAACCAAGUACAGUGUAAGGUACAAGGGUGUUCGCCGAAGCAUGGUUUCGCUGUUAGCAUUUCGCAACCCGCCUCACAUCACCGAUGACACUUUCAAAUAUUGAAAAAUGUUCUUGAUGUACAUUAUUUUAAUUAAAA